AUGUACAUCAAGAUUGAGAGUUGUCGGUUGAGGUGGUACAGGAAGAACCAGACGCAGAUCUGUGCCGACUUGUAUAAAGGAGUUGUUGAUGCGAUCACAUCGGGGGAGACGCGAGCAAGCAAUGUUGGGGUAAGAAUAGUGCUCCCUAGAACUUACCCUGGUGGUGACCGCGACAUGAAGAAGAGACAUAUGGAUGCCAUGGCAAUUGUCCAUACAUACGGGAAGCCUGACAUCUUCUUGACCAUGACUUGCAACCCUAAAUGGGAAGAGAUAACGAAUGAGUUGCUUCCUGGUCAGACGGCGCAAGAUCGUCCUGAUAUGUGGCCCGCGUGUUCUACUGCAAGCUAG